AUGGACACUCACUCUCACCUGACUGCACCCAAUCGUUCCCGCAGUUCCCAGUCACCGUCCCCUUCCCACUCCGCCUCCGCCUCCGCCACCUCGUCUAUGCACAAGCGCAAGCUAGCCGCGGCAGCCUCGGCUGCGUCUGACGACCACGCUCCUCCUCCAUUCCCUCCCUCUUCCUUCUCCGCUGACACUCGCGACGGCGCGCUGACCUCCAACGACGACCUCGAGAGCAUCUCGGCCCGCGGAGCCGACUCCGACUCCGACGAUUCCGACGCCGUCGUUGACGAAGACGACGACGAGUUCGACAAUGACUCCUCUAUGCGCACAUUCACUGCUGCUCGUCUGGAGACGAAUGCCGGCGCCUCGGCUGCUGGCACGGGCUCUGGUGGGGUCGGGGGAGGGACUUCUUCCUCCGGUCGUAAUUCGAAGCUAAAAUCGGAGAAUGCGACGGUGAAGAUUGAGAAUCCGGGCGGCGGGAAGGAUGGAGGUCUCGCUGGGACGGCUGCAGGGGGUUCCGCUACUGCAGGGAGCUCGGCCGCAGGGGCUGUGGCGAAGGAGGAUUCUGUCAAGAUAUUCACCGAGAAUUUGCAGACGAGUGGUGCUUAUAGUGCUAGGGAAGAGAAUCUGAAGAAAGAGGAAGAAGCUGGCAGGCUCAAGUUCGUUUGUGUUUCAAACGAUGGAGUUGAUGAACAUAUGAUUUGGUUGAUAGGUUUGAAGAAUGUAUUUGCCAAGCAAUUGCCUAAUAUGCCCAAGGAGUACCUGGUCCGUCUUGUAAUGGACAGAACUCAUAAAUCUGUAAUGGUUAUCAGACGUAAUCUGGUUGUUGGUGGCAUCACAUACCGUCCCCAUGCCAGCCAAAAGUUUGGCGAAAUUGCUUUCUUGGCAAUCUCGUCGGAUGAACAAGUGAAAGGUUAUGGCACAAGAUUGAUGAAUCACUUAAAGCAGCAUGCACGUGAUGCUGAUGGCCUCACUCAUUUUCUGACUUAUGCUGACAACAAUGCUGUUGGUUAUUUUAUCAAGCAGGGUUUUACCAAAGAGAUCUACUUGGACAAAGACCGAUGGCAGGGAUAUAUCAAGGACUAUGAUGGAGGCAUCCUCAUGGAAUGUAAAAUAAAUCCUAAACUUCCAUAUACCGACUUAUCAACCAUGAUUCGUAGGCAGAGAUUGGCUAUUGAUGAGAAGAUAAGAGAGCUAUCCAAUUGCCACAUAGUUUACCCUGGGCUUGACUUUCAGAAGAAAGAAGCUGGUGUCCCGAAAAAGAUCCACAAAGUUGAGGAUAUCCCUGGCUUGAGAGAGGCUGGGUGGACUCCUGAUCAAUGGGGUCAUUCCCGGUUCAAAAAUUUAAAUCCUUCCACAGACAGCACAACUAAUAUAAAGCACUGGGCAGCCUUCAUGCGCUCCCUUCUAAAGGCAAUGCAUGAUCACGUUGAUGCUUGGCCAUUUAAAGAACCAGUCGAUGCUCAUGAUGUUCCUGAUUAUUACGAAAUCAUCAAAGAUCCCAUCGAUCUUAAGACAAUGUUGAAAAGGGUAGAGUCGGAACAAUAUUACGUAACCUUCGACAUGUUUGUCGCAGACGUGAAACGUAUGUUUGCCAAUGCACGAACAUACAACUCCCCGGACACUAUUUACUACAAGUGUGCAACCAGGUUGGAAUCCCAUUUCCAGAGCAAAGUUCAAUCUGGUCUCCAAUCAGGUGCCAAGAUUCAGCAGCAGUAA